AUGAGAGGUUAUUCCAUGUCAUUAAGAAAUGUUGCCAUGAACGCAAAUAGAGUUGUUGCCAAUCCAUUAGUGUUUAGAAACUCUGCUGCUCUUGUCGGCACUACUGCUAGAGCAACAUUUUUAGGAACUAACAGAUUUUAUUCAGAUAAUGCUAAGAAAGAUGCUUCUCCUAAGGAAAAGAAAGUAGAAGAGCCUGCUACUGAAGAGGACGCUAACUUAACUGAAGAUCAAAAAAAGAUUAAUGAACUACAAGAGAAAUAUGAAGAGAAAUGUAAGGAAUCUGCAGAAUAUAAGGACAGGUUAUUGAGGUCAGUUGCUGAUUUCAGAAAUUUGCAAGAAAUCACCAAGAAAGAUGUCCAAAAAGCAAAGGAUUUUGCAUUACAAAAAUUCGCUAAGGAUUUAUUAGAAUCUGUCGAUAAUUUCGGUCAUGCCUUGGGUUCUUUCACAGAAGAAGAUUUAAAAAAGUCCAGAGAAAUCAGAAAUUUAUACACUGGUGUGAAGAUGACAAGAGAUAUCUUCGAAAAAACCUUAAAGAAACACGGUAUUGAAAAAGUAGACCCAUUAGGUGAGCAAUUUGACCCUAACAGGCAUGAAGCCACUUUUGAAUUGCCACAAGAAGAUAAAGAACCAGGUACCGUCUUCCAUGUCCAACAAGUUGGUUUCACAUUGAACAGUAGAGUCAUUAGACCAGCCAAAGUAGGCAUUGUCAAAUCUACAGAGUAA